AUGUCUGAUUAAUAAAUUAAAUCUCUCCAGUGUGCAGCAAUAGAAACAUAAGCCUAUUAUGAUGUGUAUUGGUAAAUACCUUCAAAGUAGGCAGCAGCAUAUAACAUGCUUCUCGAUAAAUUCAAUAGUCUAUAAAUUAAAGUGGAAGCUGAUUAUGAUUCAAUUCCAUUACAUCCAUAAAUAUUAGAAAUCUUAAACUAUUUCAAUCAAAGUGAAUCAUCUGAAAUCCCCUAAAUAAAAGAAACUGAUCAGACUUUAUUUUUAGGACCUCCUUCAAGAGAUCCUAGUCAACAUUAUAAUAAAUGUAUUUAAAGAAUAUGUUCUCAAUUGUUAAAUGAAAAUCUCUUAGAAGAUUUUGCUGAUUUCACAAUAGAAAAGUAAGUAUUUUACAAUAUGAAUUAAAUACUAAAAUGUAAAGGAUUAUUAACUGUUGAUGUAUAACCAAUAACAAUUCCAAUUUUAAAUAAUUAUCCACUUUGGUUUAGUGAAGGAUUAAUAAAAACACUCGAAGCAUAUCAAAGAGGAAAUCUAUAAAUAUCUGAAAUCAAUUAUCUUACGGAACUUUAAAUUAAAUUUAUACACUCAAGCAUUAAAUAUAAAGACUCUAAGAUAAAACAAAAAAAUAGUAAUAGGAGUAAAAAUGAACCAAAUAUAGUAUCACCAUACAAUAUGGCUUAUGUUCGUAACCCUGAAAUGGAUACUUAGCAAUCUUAAUCUCAAUAGAACUUUUAUUCUACAUAAACUAAAUCUAGAACUAAAAGUAUAUUAGUCUCUAAUUGGUUCCAUUUCAAAACAUAUACAAAUCUCAGACCUAGAGAAACUCCUAGUUAAAUUAAGAGACAUAAAGCAGUAUCAUGUUCUUAAGUUGAUUUACAGGCUCCCUUUAGUCCAUAAAAACAGAGUCCCUUUAAUUUAAAGGCUAGCGUAAAACCCAGAUGGUUUGAACAUAUUUAUUAAAAAUGA